GACGUCAGAGCCGAGGCGGCUGCUGCGAGGGCUGUGAGCUGAACAAGCUGGUGGGCUCGGCUCGUAACGUUCCCAGGACCUAGCAGCAUCUGCGUGGCAGAGGUGCCAUCAUGUUCUCUUUCAACAUGUUUGACCACCCGAUUCCCCGAGUCUUCCAGAACCGCUUCUCCACGCAGUACCGCUGCUUCUCCGUGUCCAUGCUUGCAGGGCCUAAUGACAGGUCAGAUGUGGAGAAAGGCGGGAAGAUAAUUAUGCCACCCUCAGCCCUCGAUCAACUCAGCCGACUCAACAUUACUUAUCCCAUGCUGUUCAAACUGACCAACAAGAACUCGGACCGCAUGACACACUGCGGUGUGCUGGAAUUUGUGGCUGAUGAGGGUAUCUGCUACCUACCACACUGGAUGAUGCAGAAUUUGCUGUUAGAAGAAGGAGGCCUGGUUCAAGUGGAAAGCGUCAACCUUCAAGUGGCCACAUACUCCAAAUUUCAGCCUCAGAGCCCUGACUUCCUGGACAUUACCAACCCCAAAGCAGUAUUAGAAAAUGCAUUGAGGAACUUUGCCUGUCUGACCACUGGGGAUGUGAUUGCCAUCAACUACAACGAGAAGAUCUAUGAACUGCGGGUGAUGGAGACUAAGCCUGACAAGGCUGUGUCGAUCAUCGAGUGUGACAUGAAUGUGGAUUUUGAUGCUCCACUGGGCUACAAAGAACCUGAAAGACAAGUCCAGCAUGAAGAGUCAACUGAAGGCGAAGCUGACCAUAGCGGCUAUGCUGGCGAGCUGGGCUUCCGUGCCUUCUCUGGCUCCGGGAAUAGACUGGACGGGAAGAAGAAAGGUGUAGAACCCAGCCCCUCCCCAAUCAAGCCUGGAGACAUUAAAAGAGGAAUUCCCAAUUAUGAGUUUAAACUUGGUAAGAUCACUUUCAUCAGAAAUUCACGUCCACUGAUCAAAAAGGUUGAAGAGGAUGAAGUUGGAGGCAGAUUCGUUGCUUUCUCUGGAGAAGGACAGUCAUUGCGUAAAAAGGGAAGAAAGCCUUAAGUUGGGACUGUUAGCUGAUUGGAAAAUAAAAUAAUCAAUUGCAACAUAA